GUUGUCAUUUUUCCCCUGGGACGACGCAUAGGUAACGAGUUUACCGUUGCCUCUUGCGUCUCAAUUCUCUCCCUCUUUGGAGAGAACGCCCCCAACAUAACAACCUCAAAUUUCAUGCUCUAAGAACCCUAACUGUUGUACCUUCUUUUUUAUGAUCCCAUGAAAAUGAAAAUGGGGUUUUAGCAACAAUACUUGUUUGCAGGGUGCCAAGAAUAAGGUAAAGGGGCGUUGGAUUUCUUAACAUCUUGGCCCUGCAAGCUUGAUUAUUUCAGUUCCUAGCCUAUUGGGUAUCAACUUUUUUUUUCCUUCUUAUGUUCGAGAUACAUCAUGGGGAUAUCCAAUGACAAUGUAAUUGGCCUUGUGUUGGCUCUGUCAUCCAGCAUUUUCAUUGGGUCUAGCUUCAUAAUUAAGAAAAUGGGUCUUAAAAAUGCUGCAAAUAAUGGGACAAGAGCAGCCACGGGAGGGCAUUCGUAUCUGUUGGAACCGUGGUGGUGGGGUGGAAUGAUUUCAAUGAUUGUUGGAGAAAUAGCCAAUUUUGCGGCUUAUGCAUUUGCACCUGCAAUCCUUGUUACUCCUUUGGGAGCUUUGAGUGUGAUUUUCAGUGCAGUGCUAGCUCACUUCAUAUUGGAAGAGAAAUUGCACAUAUUUGGCGUGCUUGGAUGUGCUCUCUGUAUGGUGGGAUCCACAACUAUUGUUCUGCAUGCACCACAAGAGAAAGACAUUCACUCUGUAAAGGAAGUGUGGCAGCUUGCUACAGAACCAGGAUUUAUUGUAUACACUUGCAUUGUGGUGAUACUGGUUUCUGUCCUUAUUUUUCGUUAUUCGCAUAGCCAUGGGCAGAGCCAUAUGAUCGUAUAUAUUGGAAUAUGUUCACUCACGGGCUCACUCACGGUUAUGAGUGUCAAAGCAGUGGGAAUAGCUUUGAAGCUUACAUUUGAAGGGAUGAAUCAAUUUAUUUACUUUGAGACUUGGUUCUUUACGAUGAUCGUGAUAGGAUUUUGCCUUAUGCAAAUUAACUAUUUGAACAAGGCUCUGGACAUCUUUAAUACUGCUGUCAUAUCACCAGUUUACUAUGUAAUGUUUACAUCAUUCACCAUCAUUGCCAGCAUGAUCAUGUUUAAGGAAUGGGACACACAAAACGCAUCGCAGAUUGCUACUGAAUUGUGUGGGUUUGUCACAAUUUUAUCUGGGACAUUCCUCCUUCACAGAACUAAGGAUAUGGGAAAUAAACCCAUCGAAGACCCUGUUUCUUCAAGCCCCCACCAUCUUAGUAAUGCUCAGACACCUGUUAACCAUGAGCUUUGAAUCUUAUCUCAACAUAAUUUCACUCUCAACUAUGUUCCCCUCCCAACCUAUACAGCUUAGGUACUGCUUAACUUUAACAAGCUUGUACAUUGAAAAAAAAAGGAAGAAAGUGAGAAAUAUGAUGUAAAUGUGAAGGAUCAAAGGAAGUAUAUCUGAUAACGUUAGGGACAUAUGAUGCUGUACUUGUUUAUUAGAUGAAAAGUCUCUUUCUUUUCAUUUCCCCA